GGUCCACAAUCCUUACCAUUUGGUGGGGGUAAUGCUUCCUUGUUGUUUGCCAACCGCCAAUAUAAUAAAGACGAAGAAGAAGACCUGAACGCAUCAAGUCAACAGAGAGCGGCUGCAAACUGAGAGGGAAUAGGAGUCCGUGAAGGUAGCUUUCAUUUUAAAGGUAGUUACCAUAAAAAGUGAACUGAACUUAGUGUACAAACUACUUUUAAAAAGCGUGCAGGGCAUCGUUUCUAACAAAAUAGCUAACAGAAGUACGACACAUACCGACGCGCUGGAUAAACAAGGUCCCCCUCUCAACACCAAUUACCUCGGCUUCCUCCGUGACACGGUGCUAACUUUCGGGGACAAAAUGGCUCACGUUCAUCAGUGUGUAAACGGCUUGUAGUCCGGAAAGAAAGCUCCCCGCCGCCGCUCCGCCAUGGGGACGCGUUGGUCUCGGUGCGCCAGCAGCCUGCCUUUUCUCCCAGAAAGAGAGACAGAGGGCCGGCCAGCAGAGCACGGAGAGUCCGAUAACGACUCUCUGGACGGGCUCAUCAGGCGGGAGGACAUCGCUCAGUUUCCGUACAUAGAGUUCACCGGCAGGGACAGCAUAACCUGUCCGACGUGCCAGGGCACCGGGAGAAUCCCUUCAGAACAAGUGAAUGAGCUGGUUGCACUGAUCCCAUACAGCGACCAAAGGCUGCGGCCACAAAGGACGAAGCUGUAUGUUGUCCUGUCGGCUGUGCUCUGUCUUCUGGCCUCUUCGCUCGUUGCCUUCUUCCUCUUCCCCCGCUCUGUGGUUGUGGUGGAUGCUGGAAUCCGCUCAGUGACCAUUCACUUAGAUCACUCUAAAAUGAGUGUCCUAAUGAACAUGACGAGCACGCUGAACUUCAGCAACCCAAACUUCUUCUCCGUGCUUGUGCAAAGCGUGAGCUGUCAGGUCCUCUACAUGAAGAUGGUGAUCGGGACUCGGCAGCUGGACAAUGCCACCACCAUCCAGCCGCUCAGUCACAGCCAGGUGAACUACACAGUUAGCGUGGAGAUCGGCAGCAGCGUACCUUAUGUCUACGCCUUGUGCACAAUGCCCAGCAUCAAGGUCCACAAUAUUCUGGUAUUACUGCAAACCUCAGUGAAAACCUCAUACAUGGUGCGAACAUCCCAGAACAGCCUGGAGGCAUACCGCUACAUAGACUGUGGCUCCAACAUUACCUACCCCCCAACCCCCCAACAGCACAGGCACGUCUCCCACAGCCUCUCUCUGCUGUGAGGCCGGGCAGACGGAGGAUUCCCGUUAAGGGAGGGAAGUUGGUAAGGAAUCCUUGAAUGGAUUCCUAAAAAUCCGCUGCUAAAGAAUCUCUUCAGAUGAAGUGGUUUGGUUGCGAUGCAUUGCCAAGUGAACUUGAUUGAUACGAGUUGCUUUUAUAAAUGUUUCUCAUUUCUGGAGUGGGAUUUUUCUCUUGCUGCAUUUUCAUCUCAUAUGUAACUUCACAAAGGGGUUUUGUUCAUUCAGACACAGUGGCUCACAUGUUGUUGACAACACAGUAAAAAACUCAGUGAUUCACUAUCAGCCAGCAUCCUCUAUUACAAGUCACAGAAAUGUAUUUUCUUUUAGACGGACAUUCUCAGACAUUUGCACAAAAAUUUUAACUCCAUUUCUGCUUAUGUUCAUUUAUUCCACUUCACACUGUUGACUGAAUCCUGCUGACUUUUCUUUUCAGGAAGAGGGGAAAAAAAAAAAGGGGAAUUGCUGUUUCUGCUUUUGAACCAUGUCGUGACAACGUUUUUGCACCUUUUUGUUUUUGCUUGCUGGUGGAAAAUGGCUUUUAAAUGCUUACUGUGGAAUAUUUUUUAAUAAAUGUUUAAUAUUUCA